GGGAUGGUUUCCCGCCCUUAUUCAUAAAAUGACGUAUUUCCUGUAUUGUCACGUAGCUUGUAAUGUUUUGCGGGAACAGACUUGUUCAGAGUCAAAUAUGACAUUCAAUUUUCAGUACAUCAUAUAGAUAUAUAUGUAAUACCCCGCCUGUUAUUUUGUUGCGAGGUAUCAUCAAUCCGCUGCUGUUCGUGUUGACUGUCUUCCCUCCUUCCUCAGUCGGGUAAACAAAUAAGGUGUCAACAUGAGCAAGGCGAAGUCGAGUAGGGACAGAAGGAUUGCUCCGCCCGGUGUCACCAGGGUGACUCGCAGUUCCAUCAACCCUCAGGACUCUCAGCGCACUAAACCUACAGAUUCAGGCCUUGUCAAUGAUCUCAGCCUAAUGAGCGUGAGUGAACAGCAGGCCUUGUUAGCACGGGAAGGGAAGUCCUACCAGAGUCCCAGCACCAAAUCUGUUCUCUCCUCAUCCUCGGGCACCUCUAUGCCUCGCAAAGCUUUGGGAACUAUCGGCAGGCUGAUGAAGCUUGGACGGGUGCGAAACAUUGUGGUGGUUGCAGGAGCAGGUAUCAGCACAGCCAGCGGUAUACCAGACUUCAGGACACCAGGGACGGGACUUUAUGCAAACCUUGCGAAGUAUGACAUCCCUUACCCAGAGGCCAUCUUUAACAUUGACUACUUCUCUGACAACCCUCAUCCCUUCUUCUCAUUGGCUAAAGAGCUGUACCCUGGACACCACCGUCCAAACUACGUUCACUAUUUCAUCCGUAUGCUGCAUCAGAAGGGCCUGUUACUCCGCAUGUACACUCAGAACAUCGAUGGACUUGAAAAGCUGUGUGGUAUCCCGGAUGACAAACUCGUGGAGGCUCAUGGGAGUUUCGCCACUGCUGCUUGUCACCUCUGCUAUACGCCAUAUCCUGCAGAGGAAGCCAAGCAAGCUAUAAUGAACGGCAACGUGCCCAUCUGUACUUUUUGCGCCGGGGCAGUCAAACCUAAUGUUGUAUUCUUUGGAGAGGAUCUACCAGAAAAGUACUUUCAACAUGCUGAAGAUUUCCCAAAAGCUGACCUUCUCAUGAUCAUGGGCACUUCUUUAAAGAUCGAGCCCUUCGCCAGCCUGAUUAACACUGUAAAGUCCACAGUGCCUCGUCUGCUGCUCAACCGUGAUCCGGUUGGGCCUUUUGAACGGAGGCCCCUGAGGAGGGGCGACUACAUGGAGCUGGGGGAUCUCUCAGAUUCUGUCCGAAAACUCGCAGAGAUCCUGGGGUGGCAUACUGAGAUCCAAGACCUGAUGAACAGCCAUGAAAAUGGUGUUUGUUCUUGUACUGACCCCAGCAGUAGCAGCGGUGAGAACAGUGACUCCUCUGAGACCGACAGCAUGCAUUAAUAACAUCCACAGAGAUGCUCUGUAUGUUUAAAAUAUCCUUGGGUGUGGAAUGGAGACCUGAGAUUUGUUUAUCUAACUCAAUACAUCUGAAUGUUUUAUGUCAGCGUUCUCACCAGUAUUUACAGCCAGUUUUACUGUAUUUGUAGCGGUGUCUUUUUUUCUGACCAGAUGAACACCAGCCAUAUUUAUUCAGACAGUGAAACUUGGCCAUGUUUCUGGUGGGUGUAGACUCAUUAUUUUAAACCCAGCAAAAUCGGUGUCUGCUGCUCAUUUUGACUGAAAACCCACAUCAGAAUAUCUUGAAAAAUCUGGCUCUUGUACUCUAUGAAAAGACCAUAAUGUAUACGCAGAGAACUUUAGUGGAUUUAGCUCUACUUAAAGGGUUAGUUCACCCAAAAAUGAAAAUUCUGUCAUUAAUUACUUGCCCUCAUGUCGUUCCAAACCAGCAAGACCUUCAUCUUCAGAACACAAAUUAAAAUAUUUUUGAUAAAAAUCCAAUGGCUCAGAGAGGCCUCCGCCAGCAAAGUCCCUGAACCUCUCAAGAUCCAGAAAGGUACUAAAGACGUUGUUAAAACAGUCGACGUGACUACAGUGGUUCUACUGCACUCAUGAAAGCACCACGACGCAUGUGCGGGAAGAUGCCGGCGUUCUGACAUAUGCUUGCGAACACAGUGCCGCGCUUCAUAUCUCAGAACGCCAGCUUUACGUCAUCUUCCCGCGCAUGCCUCAUGGUGCUUUCGUGAGCACAUUUUAGAGGCCCAGGCGGAAGAGAAGAGCUUGUUGAACAAAGUCGUUAUUUUAUUUUUGCAUACAAAGUAUUCUUGUCGCUUCAUAAAAUUAUUAUAGAACCACUGUAGUCACGUUGACUGUUUUUAACAACAUCUUUAGUACCUUUCUGGAUCUUGAGAGGUGCAGUGACAUUGCUGGUAAUGGAGGACUCUCUAAACCAGUGUUUCUCAACCCUGGUCCUGGAGGACCCCCAACACUGCACAUUUUGAAAGUCUCCUCUGUCUGACACACUCAUUUCAGGUAGUGGAGUUUCUUCUAAUGAGCUGAUGAGUUGAAUCAGGUGUGUUUAAUUAGGGAGAAAGACAAAACCUGCAGUGUUGGGGGUCCUUCAGGACAAGGUUUGAGAAACACUGCUCUAAACCAUCAGAUUUUUUCAGAAAUAUCUUGAUUUGUAUUCUGAAGAUGAAUGAAGGUCUUAGGGGUUUGGAACAACAUGAGUAAUUAAUGACAGAUUUUUUUUGUUUCUUGGGUGAACUAACACUUUAAAUGGCUGUAAAAUUUUAUCAGGCCCUGUUACUGAAAAAAAAACUACAGGCAUGGCACUUAGGAUUAUUUUAUUAAUUUAGUAUGGCUAAUUAUCUCUGGACAAGCCAAGAAUGUAUUAUGUCAAGGUUCCUUUAGCAUUUCCACAAAGUGUAUUUGAGAUUUUAAUCUUUUUGUUUGGAAUAGUUGGUGGUAUAUUUUGGUGCAGAAAGGAGUUAAUGUUUAAAGGAUUGGGAAUAAUGUAUGUUUGUGUGUGUAUAUGUCCAUGUAGGUUAUUUUGUAGUCCGCGAGUCCUGGUUUGGCCCCAGUGAGCGAACUGUGCAAAAUUAGCAUGGGAGGCGUGACCUCCCAAGUGUGCAGUGCCCCCACUGUGUGUUUUCACAGGCACUGCAGCCUCCAAGCGGGAGCUCCAACCCCCCCAAAACUCUAAUAAAUGUCUUUGGUCGGCAACAAAGAACCCCAAUAUCCUGCUGCUGUGUUUGUGAAUGUAUGUGUGAGGUUCUUGUAUGAGAACGGCUAUGAGCGCAAUUUCAUUUUGCACAGGAUCAGUGAAGUCGCUGGUAAUUACCACACUGUUGUGAUCGUAUCUGUUCAUGUCCCUCAGGGAUUUUGAUAGGAGUUUGGCAUGUUUUGGGAAAUGCGGACAAAAAGCCAGAAUGCCUAUUUAAAUGUUUCAAUCCAUCUUAAUGUGUUUGUUUGUUUGUUUUUUUUUUUUUUUUUUUUUUUUUUUUUAUUCAUUUGUGCAGUUUGGUUAAAGCCUGUUAACCAGCUAUUUUUGUCAGUGUUUCUGAUUCAUGCAACAGUUGCAUUUUGUUGGCCUCUCCAGUUAAAUAUAUGAUUGUCAGUAGUUUCAUCUUGCUUUUUUUUUUUUUUUUUUUUUUUUUAAACUUAACAUUCUUGCUAUUUGUACUUUGAAUAUUAAAAUGCUUGUUUUCUGUUCUGUACAUUGGUACUUUUAUUACCCUGUUAAAGAAAUUGCAUAUUAUAGUAUUUAAUAAAUAUUCAUCUUUGUCUCUUCA